UCAUGCAUUGCCAUUGACAAGCAAGAAACAUCUUCUUAUACAAGAACAGAUCAUGGACCAGCCUCACGCGCUCCUAGUCGCUAGCCCUGGCUUAGGCCACCUCAUCCCUAUCCUCGAACUCGGAAACCGUCUCUCCUCCGUCCUCAAUGUUCACGUCACCAUUCUCGCCGUCACCUCCGGUUCCUCCUCUCCAACAGAAACCGAGGCCAUACAAGCAGCCGUGGCUAGAGGUACCUGUGAAGUUACGGAAUUACCCUCGGUUGAUGUAGACAAUCUCGUGGAUUCAGAUGCGACAGUGUUCACUAAGAUCGUAGUGAAGAUGCAAGCCAUGAAGCCCACGUUUCGAGAAGCCGUGAAAUCAAUGAAGCGAAAACCGACGGUCAUGAUCGUUGACUUUUUAGGUACCGGGUUGAUGCCCGUUGCUGAUGACGUCGGCGUGACGGCUAAGUACGUGUACGUCCCUUCACACGCGUGGUUCUUGGCAGAGAUGGUGUACUUGCCGGUAUUGGACAAGGUUAUCGAAGGGGAAUACGUUGAUAUCAAAGAGCCUAUGAGAAUACCGGGUUGUAGAUCGGUCGGACCGGAUGAUCUUAUGGAAACAGUGUUAGACCGGUCGAACCAGCAGUACCGGGAGUGUGUACGGAUUGGCGAGGAGGUACCUAUGAGCGAUGGAGUUUUGGUGAAUACUUGGGAGGAGUUGCAAGGAAACACUCUUGAUGCGCUCAGGGAGGAUGGAGAAUUGAGCCGGGUAAUGAAAAUACCGGUUUAUGCUAUUGGGCCUAUUGUUAGGAAUAAUGGGCCUAUCAAAAGGCCCAAUAGUAUAUUCGAGUGGUUAGACAAGCAACGUGACAGGUCAGUGGUGUACGUGUGUUUAGGGAGUGGUGGAACGUUGUCGUUAGAGCAAACGAUUGAGCUCGCUUGGGGUUUAGAGUUAAGUGGUCAGAGGUUCUUAUGGGUUCUACGCAGGCCCAUUUCUUACCUCGGUGCGAGCUCGAGAGACGAUGAUGAUCAGGUGAGUGCCAGUCUACCGGAAGGUUUCUUGGACCGCACGCGUGGUAUGGGUCUUGUCGUCACGCAAUGGGCACCGCAAGUUGAGAUCUUGAGCCAUGGAUCGAUAGGUGGGUUCUUGUCUCACUGUGGUUGGAGCUCAGUGUUGGAGAGUUUGACUAAAGGAGUUCCGAUCGUGGCUUGGCCUCUUUAUGCUGAGCAAUGGAUGAAUGCCACGUUGCUAACGGAGGAGAUCGGUGUGGCUGUUCGUACGUCGGUGUUACCGGCGAAGAAAGUGAUUGGCCGGGAAGAAGUGGCGUCUUUGGUUAGAAAGAUUGUGGCGGAAGAGGAUGAAGAAGGACGGAAGAUAAGGGCUAAAGCUGAGGAAGUGAGGGUUAGCUCUGAACAAGCUUGGGCUCAAGGUGGGUCGUCUCAUAGUUCUCUCUUCGAAUGGGCAAAACAAUGUCGUCUUAUGUCGUGAUGGGCAAAUAAUAUAGUUAAUCCAUGUCCAACCUAUAUAUGUACAAUGUACAAUAUUUUUCAAUGUUAGAUUGACGUCAUUUUUUUAAGGUUUAAUCGAUCGUUACAAAUU